AUGAAUCCUGAGUGCUUCGGAGCUGCCAUCCCCCCGCCUACUGCAGACUGGCCACUGACGCUUCUCUCUCUGCACAAUAGAUACGACUACCUCUUCAAGCUCCUCCUCAUCGGUGACUCUGGUGUCGGAAAGUCCUGCUUGCUGCUCCGUUUUGCCGACGACACAUACACUGAGAGCUACAUUUCGACCAUCGGUGUCGACUUCAAAAUCCGAACGAUCGAGCUCGAUGGCAAGACCGUAAAGCUGCAGAUUUGGGAUACCGCCGGUCAAGAGCGUUUCCGAACUAUUACUUCCUCCUACUACCGUGGCGCUCACGGCAUCUGCGUCGUCUACGAUGUCACCGACAUGGACUCAUUCAACAACGUCAAGCAGUGGCUGCAGGAGAUUGACCGAUAUGCUACCGAGGGCGUCAACAAGCUGUUGGUCGGCAACAAGUCCGAUAUGGCGGACAAGAAGGUUGUUGAGUACACCGUAGCAAAGGAAUUCGCAGAUAGCCUUGGCAUUCCAUUCCUCGAGACCUCCGCAAAGAGCGCCACCAACGUUGAGCAAGCUUUCCUGACCAUGGCCCGCCAGAUCAAGGAGCGCAUGGGUACCACAACCGCCAACACCAAGCCCACAGUCCCCAUCGGGCAAGGCCAGGGUGUGCAAAGCGGAUCCGGUGGCGGCUGCUGCUAG